UCACUCCAUCCAAGGGGACCACGUUGUUCAAAACUGUUGCUCUUUGUUGCUUCGUAAGCGAAACGGCCAGUCUUUGUGCUUUUUCAAAACAGAAGGAGUCACCAAAGAUUGUUUUGGGUCUUCAAGAAUAAGGAAUCAUUGUGUCCAAACAAAUGGAAAAAAAAAAAGUUUGGAUUGUGCCGGCUCAUAUUUUCAGUAGCUGGAUUCUUGGAAGUUGUUUUCACCCUUUUCAAAGUUUGGCGAUCGUCAAAAUUAAGUUCCAUAGUCAGGCGACAGGUUCCAAAAGGAACGACUAUCAGUUUGGACCACAAAAGCAAAGUAGGGUGACCUUGCUUGAGUCCGUGAGAUAUCUUCUGCAAGUCCAUAACGUUUCCAGUGGAGAAAAUAUGUCACUUGAAACUCCAGCUUAGAUGUUGCUGGACGUAAGCUUCCUAUGGAAUCCGACUAUGAAACUAUUAGAGGAGUCUUACCAUUAUAAAGGGCUGAAGUACUUUGCUGCCCCUUCGGAGAAACAUGGCUUUAUGCAGGAUGGGAAAUGGAUUUUGUUGGUGCAUUGUUGUGGUAGAGUUGGUUUUUGUCGCCUGUAGCUGGAGACAUGGCUGCCGUUGAGAAGGCCCAGUUGUAUUUUCCGUUUUCUUUUAAUUAUUGAAAGAUAUAUUUUUUUUUUGUAAGGGAGACAAACUAAUGAAAUCUUCUAAAUAGAUACAUGAUGUCUGGCUUUUGAAGACUCAGAGAAACACCAUGUUAAUGGGAACAGAACCACGCCACCGUUCCUCGAAGGGAUGCACACAGCAGUGUUUGGUAUGGGCUGCUUCUGGGGGACGGAGAGGAAGUUCUGGCAGCAGCAGGGUGUUUACUCCACCCAGGUGGGCUUCGCUGGAGGCUUCACCCCCAACCCCACCUAUGAGGAAACCUGCACUGGUUUGACUGGUCAUGUAGAGGUGGUUCGUGUCGUCUUUGAACCAGCCAAGCUGAGCUAUGAGAAGUUGCUGAAGGUGUUCUGGGAGAACCACGACCCGACACAAGGGAUGCGGCAGGGCAACGACGUGGGAACCGAGUACCGGUCGGCCAUCUACACGCACUCUCCGGAACAGAUGAGACAGGCGUUGGAAUCGAGGGACGCGUACCAGAAGGUCUUGGCUGAGAAUGGAUUUGGGAAAAUCACCACGGAGAUCCGUGAAGGCCAAGAGUUCUACUACGCCGAGGACUACCAUCAACAGUACCUGAGCAAGAAUCCGCAAGGCUAUUGUGGACUGGGCGGCACUGGGGUCUCCUGUCCUAUAGGACUGAUGAAAUAGGAUGUCGUCCAGCCUGUGACUGGCAAGGUAUACAGGAAAUGGCCUUAGAACGAAUCACGAAACUUCAUCAAUGAUUUCUCGUUACUGAUGAAACGUACAUAUCGGGUAUUGAUGUAGAUACAUCCAUACCAGCCUAACCCUCUGCUUCCAGUGUCAUCCCUAAAAAAUACUAUGCAAUUACAGGAAUUAAAGUAAUUUUAAUUUACACUUAUAUGGGUAAAUGUGUUACUUUAGUUGUGUCCUGUGGUUUGAUUCCGUGUAUGAGUUGGCAUUGCUCAGGAAAAGGCUGGUCUUGUGAAUAUCAACACAUCUCUGUAUCCUGUGGACCCCAUAACAGGGAGAGGGGAACUUAUUAGCAACAAACUGUAAGUCUUUGUCUGGCACCAAAUUGUCAUACAUAGAUGCAACACAAUGAAUAAUAAAUUGAGCUAGAAUUAAGCACACUGAAUUUCUGUAUCUGUCCAUUACAACGCAGGCAAAAAUGCAUGACAGACAGGAUACAUGACUUGUAUUUGAAUCGAAACAUUAAAAAAGGCUAGUUGUGUAGAAAUAAAAACAACUGCUAUUUCUGAUAACUCCAGAAA